AUGAUUCAUCCAUUUUCUCUAUCGCCCUCACUUCUCACUUUGAACACUCUUGCUGGUAAACAAGCUGUAUGCAUUCAGACAUAUCCCAAUUUACGAAUUACGUGUGCUACUGCUUACGAGCGACGUCUUCCACUCAACGAGCAUCAAUGUGGUGAUCUGUGCUUGCAAGUGUCAGCCCGAACAUGUCGAUACAACAGAAUGAGGUCGUCAAGAAUUGAACACUUUUACUGUGUUAUUUGA